AUGCGAGUAUAUAAGGUGGUGAACCCAAAUAGUCCAACUCCAGGACAGGCUCCUUCAAAUAGUGGUUCUUUAGAGGAAGUAGAGGUUCAACUGCCAACUGUCAAAAAUACUCGAUCUUCGAGGAGUAAUAGUAGUGGUAGUGGAGGUGUAAGAAAUAGUUUGGAUUCGACAAGUAGUGGUAGUUCGAUCUCUUUCACGAAUGGUUCCUCAGCAGUGACCAAUGUCGAAGUGUCAACUUCUUCUUUACCUUCUCAUGGAUCAACUGUCACUUGUCCAAAGAAUUUAUUUGAUGAAGUAGAAUCCUUAGUUUUGAAAAGUGACAGUUUGCUUCAAUUUGUGGAAUCCUUAUCUGAAACCAUGAAAUGUGAAAAUUUCACACUCCAUGAUUUUCGUUUCAUCAAGAAACAAUUUUCAAAUUACGAUCCUUCAGAAUGGGAAGUCAUUGGCAGCAGUGACCAUCACAAAUGCUACAUGUCAAAACGAACCUAUGACAUGGGAGAAUCUGUCGGAUUGAGCUUUUUCAAAUUCGAUGUCACAUUUCCAUACAGUGCCAAACAAGUCAUGAAUACAUUUUUCGAACAAGAAUAUAGAUAUCAAUACGAUGGAGAAUUGAGUCGAAUUGAACAAUUGGCGUACUAUGAAAAGAAGAUUUCAAAUUCAGCCAUUGGAUCGAUCCAAUGUAUGACAUCGUCGUCGUCACCUUCCAAUAGUCCACAAAUAUCUCCUCAAAACAACAUUCCUUCCUCGCCUACGACCGACUCACCUAUGACGAUCGUGUCAUCAACGUCGAGUGCUUUGAACAACAACCACUCGAAUGCCACUUCCAUUCUGUUGGCCACUUCACUCACUCAGGAAAUUUACAAAUUGGUGUGGCCUUUCAGUAAUCGAGAUUUUAUUGUGUCAUCGAGUGGAAUUUAUGAUCUCUCCACGAAUACUUACUUUAUGGGAAAGAAGAGUUGUCUCUCUGAGAAGGCGAAAAAGCCAGAAAAGAAUGUGGUGAGAGCUUUCUCAUUUGGUGGAUGGGCCUAUAAGGAAAUUGAUGAAAAACAACUCAAUAUUCUCAAAUGUUUUAUAUGGACCUGA